AGUCUCACAUUGUCCUCCGUACCUUUCGCAUCGUUCCCGCCAGGAGGGUACUUUGGUUUAACAAUUUGGUGUUAUCCAACCAUCAAGUGACUUUCGCUGACUUGACGGUUGGCACACAAAAGAGGGUGCAAAUUGCCCACGUGACAGGAAACACAAUUAAUCCUUCCUGCUGAAACUUGAGACGACCGGAAUUGAGCAACAUUUUGUGAUUACCAUUUUUUUGGCUACUUCUUAACUUUCACAGAGUGAAAAACACCGAGUGUACAAUAAAUUUAAUAAUUUAUGUGACAAACAGAAAACAUUUGUGGAUUUAUAUUUUGAAAACUUAAUUUCCGUGCUUGGUGGGGAAAAAAUACGUUGGGGACAGUGAAAACAGCCCCGAGAGUUUAAACUUCUGGGUGUAGUGUAGGUGAACCGAAAAGCCGAAAGCGAGAAAGGAAAAAAAAAGUCUCACCUUUUUGAGGAUGAUGUGAGAAAUUUAAUAAUGUUUUAGUGAAGUUGUUGGAAAAAAAAGACUCCGUCUCAACAAUGAUAAGGAAGAAGAAAUAUGUCUUCAUAUUCUAUUGGGCAAUUCUAUCAGACGUGAUACUUAAUGUGUUUUGCUUAAAAGACUUAAAAAUAUUUGUACCAGAUGCCGUCAUAAUGGGGACUGCUGUUACUCUUUCAUGUCAGUACGACUUGGAAAAGGCAUCCCUUUACUCGGUACGAUGGUAUUUCGAGAAGGAGGAAUUCUACAGCUAUGUCCCAAAGGAAUCUCCACCGGAACGAGUAUUUCCCGUAUCUGGAAUUUCAGUUGAUCUCAAUAUGUCGGACAAACAUUCAGUAACCCUGCGGAGUGUUACGCGUGAUUUAACGGGUCAAUUUGAGUGUGAAGUAUCGGAAGAUGCACCCCUAUUCCACACUGCGAUGAAGAGUGCAAAGAUGAUGGUUAUCGAGCUACCCAGGGAGGAGCCAGUGAUGCAAAUUGAUAAGAAAACCGUGACACCGAGUGGAAAUUUCAAGGCAGCAUGUUCCAUUGGGGUGUCUUUUCCACCUGCCAAUAUCACAUGGUACAUGAAUGGGAGACGAAUAUACAAAACAUCAUCGCAGAGAGUAACGUAUCGUGCAUAUGAGAGCUCCGGUACAUUUUCCACAUUAGAAAUUUAUCCCCAUAGCCAAGUUUUGCAAGCAAUAUUCAAAUCAAAUCCACAAUUUCAACAUGUGACUGUUGUGAGUCUUCUGUGUGAGGUCUCAAUCCUCAAUGUCUAUCACAAAAGUGUACAAGAGAAGAUAGCUAUAACGACAAAAUCAAUGACAACAAUCUCACCAAAUUUACUGGGUCUGGAGGCGCCGCGGCAUCCACGUGAUCCUGACAAUUCAGCACUCACUGGGCAUGAUUUCAAAUUGAGGCCACCAGUUUGUCUCUUCGUCCUCAUUCUGCUGCUUCAUCGAGUUCUUGCAUUAUGAUACCACUGGGACUAAUACAACAUUGUGGAAUGAGCUAAAAAUGUGGGACUUAACGUUCAUUUAAUAUCUUAAACAAUUUUACAAAACUCCACGAUGGGACUUUGAGAUGCUUCCAGCCAUUUUUCAUUUCCUCGCCCGAACAUUUUCUCAAGGCACACAUAAAAGUCCGGAAAAUUGAAAUUAAAGUGGACAGAUCUCUUGGUUUAGAUAUCCCCCUUCUCUUUUGACUGUCUCUGUACUACUAAAGAGAGGAACCCCGACAAAUUUUCUCGACCCAUUUCACCCCAUUGAGUUGAGUUGAAAUAAGCUGCCGGGAAAAGAGGAAGAAAAUUCAUCAAAUCCCAAUUUGCCAAUUGAUGAUAAGUUAUGAGAAAUUAAAUUAUGGAAGAAGAAAAAAAUCAAAUUUAGACACAGAGCUACUGAAAAAAAAAAACGUGUAUAAUAUAUUUUUGUGGAUACCGCAUUCAGUCCAAAUGAAAAUAUUAAACUUUAUCUAAAAAUAUAGAGUGUGUUGAUGAGAUGAUUUGAUAUAAAUUCUAGUGAAUGUAAAUAAUCGCAAUUGAUAUUCAAAAUACGUAUUAAAUAGUGUUAUGACAGAAGAUUUCUCAAUAAAAUAUCGAUAACAAUUUGGUGGAAAAUACGGGGGAAAUGCGAGAUGGCACGUACAGCAAACCAUAGACGAAUGUGAUAGAAAGCACACGAUGCUCCCACAUGAAAAUCUUUCCCAAAACAAAUGGAUUGGGUUUAGGUGUUUGUACAGUUACCGUGGGGGGUGGAUGUGAGAAUCAAAAGAGAAUCCCAUUUUAAUCUUAUGGUAAAAUUAAUCUAAAAAUCAGGUGUAUUAUAAAUUUGCCGUAAUUAGAUAAAAAAAAGCAUAAAAUAUUCAUAUUUAAGAUGAAUGAAUUUGUGUAAAUUUUUUGCAUAGUCUAAGCGAUGUGAGAAAUAUUGUUGUCAUGA